AUGAUGAAUACUAGUAGUAGUAGUAGUAGCAGUAAUAGCCAUUAUUCAUCACCUCCUUUUAUAAUAUCACCUUCAUUAUCACCGUUAUCACCAUCAUCGAGUACACUUGCUGGACAGCAACAUAGUAAUAACGCAACAACAACAACAACAACAACAACAAUGGGAGUAGAAAUAAUGUCAAGUCAUCAUUCAUCAUCAUCGUCAUCUUCGACUAUGAUUGAUACAACUGGUAUGAUGGGUUGUUAUAACAAGCAGACAAUCAUUUCAUCGUCAACUACAGUUCAGUCAUCGUCAUGUGACAGUAGUAAUGUAUCAUUUGGUCUACCUCCACCACCACCUCCUCCACCAUCAAUGCCAUCAAAUAAUAUUAUAUCCAUUCACAAGAGAAAGUUGAUUAAUAUUAAUAAUAAUAGAUCAUCGUCAUCUUUGACAACGCCAUCAUCCUCAUCCUCCUCUUCAUCAUCAUCUGCAUCCCCUGUAACGAUGGAUCAAUUAUUAAGUGGAUUCAAUCGAAACAAUCUUGCACGAACCAAAACAAAGGUUAGAACAGCUGAUGGUCGUAUCUAUGAAGAACAAGUAUCUCUACAAAUAUGUGAAUUCAAAGGGAUCGAUGAAUCAUCUGUCACCAAGAAAUAUACUACCAUCACCAACCUACCACCUUUUAUUUAUUGUAAUAAUCAAUGUAAAUGGACUGAAUAUAAAUAUCAUCAACAAAAUAAUAAUAAUAAUAAUCAACAACAACAACAACAACUAAACGGAAAUGGACAUCAUCAUAAUGUCACUAAUAAUAAUAACAGUAAUAAUAUCAAUAUUUUAACAAUCAAUGUUUGGUUUGAUAGUUUUGUAUGGCAUGAAAGAGCACAAUCAUUAUUUGAAGAGAUAUCAUCAUUGCUACCAGACGUUGUUUGUCUUCAAGAGGUGACACCAAUGUUUUUAGAUUUAUUAAAAGAACAAAUAUGGGUAAAGAAUCACUAUAUACUAUCAGAUUCUGGUCAAUCAGAUACUGUUUUCCCAUACGGUACUAUCAUUAUGACAAAAUAUCAACAACACAAUAAUAAUAGAUACAAAUUAGUAUCUUUUACAUUGUAUCCAUUACCAAGUAACCAAAAUAGAAGAAUGAUCAUGUCAACAUUGAUCGAUACUCUAUUAAACAAGACUAUUAUUAUUGGUUCUGUACAUUUGGAAAGUUUAAAACAAAAUGGUCAAGAUAGAGUAAAACAAUUGGAUUAUAUAUCAAAUACUUUUAAAUCAUUGGUUAAUUCUCAUGGCCCUUCUUCUUGUACACCACUUUCCUCUUCUUCUUCCUCUUGUAUUGGUGAUAAGAUAUCAAUACCCAAUUCACCACCACCUUCACCUCUUUCUCCACCAUCUUCUCCUAUUAAACAACAACAACCUACAAUAUACUCAACAUCUCCUCUUAUACCAUCAAUGUUUUUAGUAGGAGAUUUUAAUUUUGGAGAAUCAACAUUUGAAGACAAGGAAUUAAUUGAAAAAGGAUUUACUGAUUUAUGGAAAUGUCCAACAUUGACCAACAAUAAUGAAAAUAACCACAAUAGUCCUACCAUUGACAAUUCAACAAAUGGUAUCACAUGUAUUAAAAAGAAUGAAAGAGUUGAUAGACUUGUAUAUUGGAAUAAUCCACAACACCACCAACAACAACAACAACAACAACAAAAGGUUAGAGUAACACUUAUUAAUAUGAUUGGAACCAAAGCAAUUGAAAUUGAAGAAGAAAAGAGAAGAAUUGAAAAGAUUGAUAGAGAUGAAAUAAUAUAUCCAUCUGAUCAUUUUGGUUUACAAUGUCAUAUUAAUCAUUGUUGUUAA